AUGGGAAGCACAUCCACCGUGGGAAGUUGUACUUCCUCUUCUCUAGUAUCAGCUCUUCCUCCUCUCCUGUUCGCCUCUUCGAUUCCGCAAGGUGCUGCAACACGCGGUGGUACUCCAAGCAGUUCUUCGAUGAGGAUGGGUCCACCCUUUACUAUGGUAGCGCCACCUAAGGGUGGCGCAGCUCCUUUUCUUGGCGGAGGUGGUAACACAGUUGGGACGAGCGGCGACACCUCGCCAGUGACUACUACUUCGGGCUCUCUUGUUGGUGGAGAAUGGGAGACAUCAAACACUAAGGCUCACAACAAUUCAACUUAA